CCAACGGCAACCCCCAGCCUCCAGCGGUCGUAGUGCCCUGAUCCUGCGGCGCAGUCAUGAUGAAUAGUGAAGUUCAUUUGCUGACCGUCGCUGCCUGCAGUCUUUAUUUCUUGCUUCACUCCUCUAGCUAACCUGACACUGAUAUCGAACUUCCCGCACCCGCGUUCCCCCACCACCCACUGGAUUUAAGACAGUCCUUACAGAGCACUAGUAGUGGCGAUUAAGAGACUUUCAUGGAGGACCCUAUACAGGAACCGUAUCAAGACUCACCGUCAUCGUCUCGAGCUCCCUCAUCAACGCCAUCGGCUAGCAGUUCUCCCUGGAAGCCUCUCCCUUCCAUCCCAAGCCCGGCACCAGCUUCACAAGAGCCAUAUCACGAUGAACCCUCGGCGUCUCCUGAAGCCGGCCACACGACACCCUCCCGAACGCCUCGUUAUCGUGCCGCAGCCGACGCUGCAAACAGCCCCCCAUACUUCCCACCAUACUCAGAUAUCGUACCCGACUCCGACGACGACGUGCCCCUAGCAUACCUAUACCCUCUUCCAACCGAAGCACCACCCUCCUACCAUGUCGCCGUGCAACAAUCAUAUCGAGCUACCCUGAUCUCCCAUAUACCAUCCGACUUGAAUAUUUCUGACAUAGUGGAUGAGGAGGCAGACAUUGAGCGUGUACAAGUGGAUGAUGUUCGCUUUGGGGUCGAGCGAGUGCUUGCGAAAUUGAUCGUUGCGAUGAUACUCUUACUGAUAACGUUAAUUUUUGUCUGGUAUAUCUUCAUAGUCCGAUCGCUCCCUUUCUGUUGCGGCUCUUGAUGAAGAAACUGCUGCGAGGAGGGAUGCUUGAGCGCUUCCAGUUCAGCCACUUGGUCUGUCGGACACCCUAAGUCUUGGGGGGGGAGCGGUGAGCGUUGGAACUAUUAUGAUACCUAUGGACGCAAGACCUAUGGAGUUUUUAGUAUGGCUUGGUUUCCUUUAAUCCCUUUGGAUAUGAAUCACAAGCAUCUUAAAG